AUGAAAAGGGCACGUGAGGAUGUUGGUAAUAUUCCUAUAGAGUACUUAUCACGGCACAGUGACGCCUUUGAGAAAGCCGUCCAAUAUAUUCUGAGUGUUGACUCAUCAUUGUUAGAAGUCAUCGUCGCCAAGGAGUUUCCACAAUACCUGAUAGCGACAGAAAGACAGCUUACAUUGCAAAGCCAUUUCAAACACCUGGCGAGUGGUAUAAUCACGCAGCAAAUUAGCGGCGCCGCAGCCCGAAGCAUCAAAUCCCGAGUGGAACAGCUUUUCGGUGGUACAUUUCCAAACUACGUGGAAUUACAAUCCAAGUUCGCAGCUGGCGACUCUGCGAGUCUGCGAAAGUGCGGUCUUUCUGCGCGCAAGGUAUCGUACGUUGAAUCGCUCACGGCGUACUUCAAUCAGAACGAGAUGCGCCUGAAGCAUCUUUUCAAUAGCGGCAGUGACGCGGAAAUAGUUGAUGAUCUAGUUCGAAAUGUUAAGGGUAUUGGCCCCUGGAGCGCCAAGAUGUUCCUGGUCACGAGCCUACAUCGCCAAGAUGUUUUUGCCGCGGAUGACCUGGGUAUAGCAAGGGGCUGUUCCCGAUAUCUGACAGCGAGGCCAGAAGUGCUCAAGAAACUGAUGGUUUCUCGAACGACCGUUAAGCGAAGUAAGAUAAAGCAUAAGAACAGCAACUGGCGCAUAUAUGACGAGGAUAUUGUGGAAAGUUGCGGGCAACUAUUUAAGCCGCACCGGACAUUGUUCAUGUUUAUUCUUUGGCGGUUAUCAAGCACGAAUAUCGAUGCUCUGCUGAACACCAACCCUCAGCUAAGCGUUAAGCCUUUGAUUGAGAGCAAUCAGACACAUUCAAUCCAUUAA